AUGUGGUUCCUCCUCCUCAAAGUCUUCAAAUUUGGCUUUUCCCAAGCCAAAAAGCACAAAUCCAAGAAAUCCAACAACAACUCAACCUCAACAGACGACCUCACCAAUCCCUCCUCCUUCAACAUGUCCCAACCAUCACCACCAGCAUCACCAGUUACCCGCACCACGAAGCUCAAAUCAUACAUCAUACUUGCCCUGCACAUCCUCCAAUUCGUCUUCGGGAUCACAGUGAUAGGUCUCUACAGCGGGGCGAUCCGACACGCAAGUGAAUCCAACGACGCCCUACCCUCGAAAUGGGUCUAUGCUGUUAUCGUGGCGAGCUUGGCGUGCGUGACGGCCGUGGGACUGUUAGUAACGGCUGUGGUUAAGGGUCGGAUAACAGAGGUAGGAACAGGGGCAGUGGGGAUGAUGCGGUUGACUGUGUUUGCGUGGCAAGGGGUCCUGGUGAUAUUGUGGACAGUUGUGUUUGGGAUCUUUGCGGAGAAGUUCGUGGGAUCGGAUCAGAAGAAGAUGAGACGUGCUGUGUGGGUGGAUCUGGUGAAUUUGGUGAUGUGGAUUGGAUCGGCGGGUUGGGCAGGGCUUAAAUGGUGGAAGGGGAAUCAGAGGGUUGGGGAGGUUGAUAAGGAGGUGGUGUAG